CUAAUCACGUGAAGCCGUCCCGCCUGCAAGACCACAGACGCCUGCUUUGCUACGCGCGCUGCCGACGGCUCCACUUGACGCUGCUGUUCACGUUUGUCUGUUUCUAAGUGCCUCAGAUUGCCUCGCGGCUUGCUCCGAUCGUCCUUGGGUUUUAAGAGAGGCCAGCCAAUCAUCGGGAGGAAGGAGUCGUAUCGUCCGCUUGGGGUCAAUAUCAUCGUUUCGCAUACGGUAUACCAUCCUUCAAGCCACCCAAGAAGUGCUCAAGAAAGCAGUAUGGCGUUGACGAGAGAGGGAUCGAUGAUCGCACGAAUGCGAGAUGCAGGAAGAGGAAGCCCGAGCACAAAAGAGUAUGUCGGCAGUCUCUCAGCCAUCAUAUGCGGCUCAGUGAUCGUCUUAAUCCUGACGCUGGUGCUUGGUGUACUACAGAUAGCAGGGAUUGUAAUAGGCGCAUUACACCUGAACGACUGUCCCGUUCAGAGGUUCAUCCCCAUCUUCCUGGUUACCGGAGGAAGCAUUGGAAUCGUAAAUGCAAUUUUGAGUGGCUGCAAGCGACGUCGAAGUUCCGGAGACGAUGACGAGAGCGGUACUAGCCUCGGCCUCACAUGCUGUACCUCCAUCAUCCAAUGUUUCCUCGUUGGAUGGUUUAUAGCAGGUUGCGUCUGGGUUUACGGCAACUACUUGCCAAACUUUGAUGAUCCUUCAAAUCCGAAGUACUGCGACAAGACCCUCUACUACUUCGCUUUCUCAACACUUACUGCCUCAUUUGCAGUAGGUGGGUUCUCCAUCAUCUGUUGUUGCUGCAUGAUAAUAUGUGCUCUGUGCAUGGAAGACUGACCAGCCAACCUGUCAGACGAUAUAACGUCAUGCGAACAGCAUGAUCAUCGACUCCUCUAAUCUGAACACACAAGCUUGUGUAGAUAUCUAACUAAAGUAGAUUUUGGGCUCGUUAGUACAGUUGCAUCAUGACGUAGGAUUUGACAAAAGCUACACGAGCACUGAGAACACGAGACGAAAGACACACAAGGCAUGAAUAGACCUCCAGAGUGCACUCAGUUAUGGUCUGCAACGACUAUGUUGGCAAAUACCAGGAAUGUUGAGUCAAUACGUAAUUUCUUUGGAACUUAGGUGAACUUGGAACUUGGAACUCAAAACUCGCAGCGACGGUUUUCCACGCGGGAAGUGACAAAAACGUUCAGAGAAAAUUUAUUUGUGGAAGGGUAAAGGAUGAAAAUUUCGUGUAAUGUAAACAUGUGGUAGCGGAAAACAAA